GAGUAGGUCUACUCCUGGGUUGUUUAAAGGCUUGUCUCAUGGCGAAAUAGGAGCAGUUCUGACUCUCAGGUUCUCGCAAACACAACGCACACCUUGUUCCAAUAGCGUCUCAUCCCCAAUCUAAAAAAUGUCAGCACUACCCCCACAAAUCGAGACAAUAAAACAUAACGUGUUAAUAUAAGCACGGGUAUUAAAUUAUAUUCGUAAAUAUUGCGUCGAACGAUCUACCAGUUGUGGUGAAGUCGUCAUUCGAGAAGUCAGUCUGGGUCCCGUAGUGGUGGCGAGACAGAUCUGUCUCACAUGGUCGAAAAGACAAGUCUCGCCGUUCAAAAUAAAAAUCCCUCACCCAAGUCUCACAUCCAAAUCUAAAUUUAAUUAAGACCCAGGUCAAAGUCACCUGCUCGAAAACGAUUUUCUCACUUCUUCGAGGGAAAGUAAAGUGCGUCGUUGGGGGAGAAGUGUUAUUCGCAGUGGGGUCUCGUUGCUCCAACUUUCAACGCACGCAAAUCUUGAACAAAGAUGAUACUCACCAGCCUCCUGCUUGUAAGUUUUCUUGGAAGCUGUGAAGCAUUUCCAGAGCCAUUUGACGAUGACGAGUUCUAUGAUGGAGUGGUUUCUCCUUUGAGAGCUUAUGCCACCAACGCUCGAAGUCGCAGAUCUCCCGAAGAUAAAUUUUCUACCAUUAAAGAUGCCGAAAGUCUCAUUCCUUCGAAUUACAGCAUUCAUGAACCACCUCCAACAAACAACAGUGAGCCGACGGGGGUAGAUUUCUCCGUAUUAAUUAUGAAUGUUCGUGACAUCAAGGAACUGAAUGAGGAAUUGAGUCUGGAAAUGAACCUCAGAAUCUAUUGGAAGGACACGAGAUUGUCGCAUUUAGCAGAUAGAAGUGGGGACAAGUUUAUAGUUUUGAACCCCAAACUGGUGGAGUCUAUCUGGAUGCCAGACAUUUUCAUAGAUCAUGUGAAGUCAGUGCAGCAACCAGCCCUGAUAACAAAACCAGCCUCGUUAAGAGUCUACCCCGACAGCAGCGUCCGCUAUUCUGCAAGGAUUACAGUGACAAUGGCUUGUCAAAUGGACUUUCAUUUCUAUCCCGCCGACACCCAACGGUGCAAUGUUGACAUGAAAAGCUAUGCGUAUUCGAGUCAGAUUAUGGCACUGGAUUGGCGUGAAGGAAAAGGAGCACUAUUGGUGGACUUCUUAGAACUUCCAAAUUUUGACGUGGCUUUGGACACAACCCAAAAUUUUAUGGUCAACACUUCAUCAGGAUCGUAUUCGGGAAUUCGAUUCACAAUUCUUCUCAGAAGAAAAUUAAGUUAUCAUCUCAUCCAAACCUACUUACCAAGCACACUUUUCAUCAUUGUAAGUUGGCUGAGCUUCUUGGUGCCUCCUGAGUCUGUUCCCGGAAGAAUGGCCCUGUGCAUGACUACUCUCCUGACAUUAACAGCAAUGUUCUCCGCCGUGCGGCAAAACACACCGAACGUGUCAUACGUCAAGGCUCUCGAUAUCUGGAUGGUGGUCUGCAUUAUAUUCGUUUUCCUUACACUUGUUGAGUACACAGUUUUAUUAAAGUUGCGAUCAAAGAAGACUAAGCCACCACCAAAGAUUAGCAGCACCGUUGCUGCCCUCACUCAAAACGGGACUCAACCAAUGAUUGGUUAUCGGACCUACGGAGAAUUUCCAAGUCUGCAGCACAUCAAGCAGUACGAGUCGUCUCAGAGCAAUGGGGUGGGAGGAGACGUGCGAAGGAGGUCCCCUCCAGAGACGAAUGGACCCACGCCACCGGACCCCACGCCAGUGCCAGCAAAGCCCGUGCCUCCACCACCACCAUCACAACCACCACCUCCACUUCCAGCCCCACCCCCACCAGUGUCUGUGCCACACCCCAUUAUUUCGUCCACGGAGAGGGCUUUGAGCAAGUAUGAGCUGGCUGCAAAGAAAAUUGAGAAAUUCACAUCCAUCGUGAUACCCUCACUUUUCAUAGUCUUUAAUUUCAUUUACUGGCCUUGGCUUAUCGAAAGUGCCAACUACUAUGACCAUCGCAAGUCCUCCACCGUCUAUCAUGCUCUUUAACAAUAAGCUCACAUCACGGUUGACGAUCUAAUAAUUUCUUCGGUCGAAGAAAGAGUAUCAUUUCUUGAGGUGGCGACCCAUUCAAUGGCGUCAUAUUUAUUUUAAUAAAUAGCAUCAGUCAUUGUUUUAAUCUUGGCUCAUCUGCAUUUUUAUGUAUGCAGUAGUACAACCAAUUCUACCUUGCUGAAUAGAAUUUUAAAAGAUUGAGUCAACCGGUUAGCCACCGGAGACUGAAUCGAAAUAAUACUUAAUUAAGCUAAUUAGAGUAAUUAUACCAUUACUAAAUAUUAUGUUGACAGACUUGCAUAUAUCGACGUUAAAGCUAAAAAUGAAUUACUGCAUAAAGUAAGAAACGAGAGAACAAAUAACAUCUUAUUAACAGGAAUCAUUUAUUUAAACAGGUAAAGAUUUAUGUAACAAAAAACACAUCCAACAGUAGUGCAUCACAUUUACAUGUUGCAUACUGUAUAAGUUAUACAUAUAUAUGUAGAGGUCAUUGUUUUUGUGCGGUAAAAAGUUAUUCUUCGUAUGUAGUUGUUAGAGUACGUAGUGUGAUGCCAUAAAAUGAGACUUUAUCGCAAAUUUUGCGCAGGAUAUAUAUAUGUAUCGUUAGAUUAUCUUUUGUAUAUUUUUUGGCUAUAUGCGUCACUAUAUAUUUAAAUGGGUCGAAUGAUUGUGAGCCCAAAUUUGAUUACCGAAAUGUUGGGCAUAUUUAUAUAGUAGUGGAUCGACUUAUUUUGGAAUAUUUAAUUUAAAGAGAAAUGUCGAUGUUGAAUAUGACUUUGUAAUAAAUAAACAAUAAUGAGAAUGCGAA